AUGGAAGAGAAGAAGCGGGCCUACGAAGAAGAGAUCGCAAAGGUUCUAAGACGUGUAAUGGAAGUUAGCUAUGCCAGAAAGAAGAAUUCUGAAAGUAUCUCAACUCUUCUCAAAAGUAUCCGCAAAGAAACACAUGAAGAAGAGACUCCAGAUAGUCUUAUGAAAGAAUACGAACAACUUAGAGAAAGAAUACUAAAGAAUAUGGGGUGCAAUCAAGAUAACUAG